AGCGAGUUGAGGUGGGGCCGGGGAGGGGCGGGAAGGUGGCGGCCGGAGCAUGGCGGACCAGAUCCCUCUGUACCCGGUGCGCAGCGCGGCGGCCGCGGCCCACCGCAAACGCGCGGCCUCCUACAGCGCGGCGGGGCCCGGGUCGGGGGCCGAGUGGCCCAGCAGCAGGUACCAGCUGGAAGAUGAGUCCGCCCACCUGGACGAAAUGCCACUAAUGAUGUCUGAAGAAGGCUUCGAGAAUGACGAGAGUGAUUACCACACGCUACCACGAGCGAGGACCGCGCGACGAAGGAGAGGACUGGAGCGGUUUGUCUGUGGAGGCUGGAAGCUUCUCUGUGCCAGUUGCUGUGAUUGGCUGGUAAAUAUUUGUCAAAGAAAGAGAGAACUAAAAGCUCGCACAGUGUGGCUCGGAUGUCCUGAAAAGUGUGAAGAGAAGCAUCCCCGAAACUCUAUCAAAAACCAGAAAUACAAUAUAUUUACCUUUAUACCCGGGGUUUUGUAUGAACAGUUCAAGUUUUUCUUGAACCUCUAUUUUCUGGUAGUAUCCUGCUCGCAGUUUGUACCAGCAUUGAAAAUAGGCUGUCUCUACACCUACUGGGCUCCUCUGGGAUUCGUUUUGGCUGUUACCAUCAUGAGGGAAGCAAUUGAUGAAUUUCGGCGUUUUCAGCGAGACAAGGAAGUAAAUUCACAGCUCUACAGCAAGCUCACAGUAAGAGGUAAAGUGCAAGUUAAGAGUUCAGACAUACAAGUUGGAGACCUCAUCAUAGUGGAAAAGAAUCAAAGAAUUCCAUCGGACAUGGUAUUUCUGAGGACGUCAGAAAAAGCAGGUUCGUGUUUUAUUCGCACUGACCAGCUCGAUGGUGAAACUGACUGGAAGCUGAAGGUGGCGGUGAGCUGCACGCAGAGGCUGCCGGCCUUGGGGGACCUUUUUUCAAUCAGUGCUUACGUUUAUGCUCAGAAGCCACAACUGGAUAUUCACAGUUUUGAAGGCACCUUUACCAGGGAAGACAGUGACCCGCCCAUUCACGAAAGUCUCAGCAUAGAAAAUACACUGUGGGCGAACACCAUUGUGGCGUCAGGUACUGUAAUAGGUGUUGUCAUUUAUACGGGAAAAGAGACUCGAAGUGUAAUGAACACAUCCAAUCCAAAAAAUAAGGUUGGUUUGUUGGACCUUGAACUCAACCAGCUGACCAAAGCGCUGUUUGCGGCUUUAGUUGCCCUGUCGGUUGUUAUGGUAACCUUACAAGGAUUUGUUGGCCCGUGGUACCGCAGCCUGUUUCGGUUCCUCCUCCUCUUUUCCUACAUCAUUCCCAUAAGUCUGCGCGUGAACUUGGACAUGGGCAAGGCCGCGUACGGGUGGAUGAUCAUGAAGGACGAGAGCAUCCCCGGCACAGUCGUGCGCACCAGCACCAUCCCAGAAGAGCUGGGACGCCUGGUGUACCUGCUGACCGACAAAACAGGAACCCUCACCCAGAACGAGAUGGUGUUUAAGCGGCUGCACCUGGGGACUGUGUCUUACGGAGCAGACACGAUGGACGAGAUCCAGGGCCACCUCAGGAAUCCGUGCCCGCAGAUGCAGUCCCAGGCUGGCGGAAACAAUGCCAGUUCAACGCCCCCGAGAAAAGCCCAGUCUUCAGCUCCCAAAGUCAGAAAAAGUGUCAGCAGCCGAGUGCACGAAGCGGUGAAGGCCAUCGCGCUGUGCCACAACGUGAGCCCCGUGUACGAGUCCCGAGCCGGUGUGGGCGGGGAGGCCGAGUACGCCGAGGCAGAUCAGGACUUCAGCGACGGGAACCGUACCUACCAGGCCGCCAGCCCGGACGAGGUGGCCCUGGUGCAGUGGACGGAGAGCGUCGGCCUCACGCUGGUCAGCAGAGACCUGGGCUCCGUGCAGCUGAGGACCCCCAGCGGCCAGAUCCAGACCUACUGCAUUCUGCAGAUGUUCCCCUUCACGUCGGAGAGCAAGCGCAUGGGGGUCAUCGUCCGGGACGAGUCCACUGCGGAGAUCACCUUCUACAUGAAAGGGGCCGACGUGGCCAUGUCCUCCAUCGUGCAGUACAACGACUGGCUGGAGGAAGAGUGCGGGAACAUGGCCCGGGAAGGCCUGCGCACCCUCGUGGUCGCCAAGAGGGCGCUGACGGAGGAGCAGUACCAGGACUUCGAGAGCCGCUACAGUCAGGCCAAGCUGAGCAUCCACGACAGGGCGCUCAAGGUGGCGGCCGUGGUGGAGAGCCUGGAGCGCCAGAUGGAGCUGUUGUGCCUCACGGGUGUGGAGGACCGGCUGCAGGCGGACGUGAGGCCCACCCUGGAGCUGCUGCGCAACGCGGGCAUCAAGAUAUGGAUGCUGACAGGCGACAAGCUCGAGACCGCCACCUGCAUUGCCAAGAGCUCGCAUUUGGUGUCCAGAACCCAAGACAUUCACAUUUUCAGACCAGUGACCAAUCGGGGAGAGGCCCACUUGGAGCUUAACGCCUUCCGGAGGAAGCACGACUGCGCUCUGGUCAUAUCUGGGGACUCGCUGGAGGUGUGCCUCAAGUACUACGAGCACGAGCUGGCGGAGCUGGCCUGCCAGUGUCCCGCCGUGGUGUGCUGCCGCUGCUCGCCCACCCAGAAGGCCCGCAUCGCGAAGCUGCUGCAGCACCACACGGGGAAGCGCACGUGUGCCGUCGGUGACGGGGGAAACGACGUGAGCAUGAUCCAGGCGGCCGACUGCGGGAUCGGGAUCGAAGGGAAGGAGGGCAGGCAGGCCUCCCUGGCAGCGGACUUCUCCGUCACGCAGUUCCGCCACAUCGGCCGGCUGCUGAUGGUCCACGGGCGGAGCAGCUACAAGCGGUCGGCGGCACUGGGCCAGUUCGUCAUGCACCGGGGCCUCAUCAUCUCCACCAUGCAGGCCGUGUUCUCCUCUGUCUUCUACUUCGCAUCCGUCCCUCUGUACCAAGGAUUCCUCAUGGUGGGGUAUGCGACCAUAUACACCAUGUUCCCGGUGUUCUCGCUGGUGCUGGAUCAAGACGUGAAGCCGGAGACGGCGAUGCUGUACCCGGAGCUGUACAAGGACCUCACCAAGGGGAGAUCCUUGUCUUUUAAGACCUUCCUCGUCUGGGUUUUGAUCAGCAUUUACCAAGGUGGCAUCCUCAUGUACGGGGCCCUGCUCCUGUUCGAGUCCGAGUUUGUGCACGUGCUGGCCAUCUCCUUCACGGCGCUCAUCCUCACGGAGCUCCUGAUGGUGGCCCUGACCAUCAGGACGUGGCACUGGCUGAUGGCGGUGGCCGAGGUCCUCAGCCUGGGCUGCUACGUGGCCUCGCUGGCUUUUCUGAAUGAGUAUUUUGAUGUUGCCUUCAUCACGACCGUGACCUUCGUGUGGAAAGUGUCGGCCAUCACCAUGGUCAGCUGUCUGCCGCUGUACGUCCUCAAGUACUUGAAGCGGAAGCUGUCUCCCCCCAGCUACACCAAGCUCGCGUCCUAGGCCGGCCACGGCGGCAGUGCGGGGGCCGUGCGGGGCUGCGGGGAGGUCGGGAAGGGACGAGCCCGAGGGCCCGGGGCCCCCGCCGCCUGGACGCUCCCGGCCCGCGUGGCGAGUCGCGCUCACCGCUGCUCACGACUGCGUUUCCGUGUCAAACCACUCGCGUUUCCUUCGAAAAGAGGCCCUACUUCUCCCACUGUUGCCGUAAAGCAUUCGUCUGACUCUCGUGUUCUGAGAAUUAAAGUGAAAGUUUAUUUAGCA